AGAGUAGGUGGAGGGUCUCAGAGGGAGGAGCCCCUGGGAGCCGGGCCCCCCACACUCCAUGGCGAGCGUGGUGGUGAAGACGAUCUGGCAGUCCAAGGAGAUCCAUGAGGCCGGGGACCCCCCUGCGGGGGUCGAGAGCCGCUCCCAGCUGGUCCCCGAGGCUCCUGGGGGGGUGGCCAGCCCCGUCAAGGGGAUCACGAAGAAAAAGAAGGCCGUGUCCUUCCUCGGGGUGGAGCCUCGGAUGUCCCAUGAGCCAAUGCACUGGUGCCUGAACCUCAGACGGUCCUCCGCCUGCACCAAUGUGUCUCUGCUCAACCUGGCCGCCAUGGAGCCCACCGACUCUUCGGGGACAGACUCAAUCACGGAAGACAGCGGCCUGCUGGCACUGCCCGUGCCCCCUGCCUCCCCCACCCCGCCCUGGGCUCCAGAUGACCCAGACAUCACGGAAAUACUGAGUGGGGUCAACAGUGGAUUGGUCCGCGCCAAAGACUCCAUCACCAGCUUGAAAGAGAAGACCACCCGCGUUAACCAGCACGUGCAGUCGCUACAGAGUGAGUGUUCUGUGCUGAGUGAGAAUCUAGAGCGAAGGCGGCAGGAAGCGGAGGCGCUGGAAGGGUACUGCAGUCAACUCAAGGAGAACUGCCGGAAGGUGACCCGGUCGGUGGAAGAUGCUGAAAUAAAAACCAACGUCCUGAAGCAGAACUCUGCCCUGCUGGAGGAGAAGCUGCGCUACCUCCAGCAGCAGCUGCAGGAUGAGACGCCAAGGAGGCAGGAGGCCGAGCUGCAGGAGCUGGAGCUGGAGCAAAAGCUGGAGGCUGGCCUCUCCCGGCAUGGCCUGGGCCCUGCCACCCAGCCUCCAGGCUGCUCCAGCCUGCCAGGGAGUCCCGACGAAUCCCAGAGACCACGAGGCCUGGCUCCAGGUGGCUGGGGGAUGGGGCCCCGGGCAGGGAAGGGCCCCAUCCUGAGUGAGCAGGAGUUGCAGAAGGUCUCAACCGGCCUUGAGGAGCUGAGGAGGGAGGUGUCCUUGCUGACCGCCCGGUGGCAUCAGGAGGAGGGGGCUGUGCAGGAGGCCCUACGGCUGCUCGGGGGCCUGGGCGGCAGGCUCGACGGAUUCCUGGGCCAGUGGGAGCGGGCGCAGCGCGAACAGGCGCAGACCUCACGGGGUCUGCAAGAGCUGCGGGGCCGGGCGGACGAGCUGUGCACCUUGGUGGAACGGUCAGCAGUGUCUGUGGCUUCACUAAGGAGCGAACUGGAGGGGCUGGGCCCAGUGAAACCGAUUCUGGAGGAGCUUGGGCGGCAAUUCCAGAGCUCUCGAAGAGGGUCUGACCUCUCUAUGAACCUGGAUCGGGGCCCCCAAGGCCCCUGUGCCCGCUGUGCCAGCCAGGGGCAGCAGUUGUCCACGGAGUCCUUGCAGCAGCUGCUGGAACGAGCACUGACCCCGCUAGUGGAUGAGGUGAAGCAGAGGGGCCUGGCUCCUGCCUGUCCCAGCUGCCAGAGGCUACACAAGAAGAUUCUGCCCAGUCCAGCAAGCCCAGCCGCAUCUACACUCCCCUCCCCAGGAGCUGGAGCGCCAGGCCUUAGCCAAACACGUCAGGGCAGAGGCCCUGAGCUCCACCCUUCGGCUGGCCCAAGACGAAGCCUUGCGGGCCAAGAACCUGCUGCUGACGGACAAGAUGAAGCCGGAGGAGAAGGUGGCUAUUCUGGACUAUCUCCACUUGAAGAUGUGCUCCCUCCACGAUCAGCUCAGCUACCUGCCACUUGAGGGGUCCAUGGGGACAAUGGGGGGAGGAAGUGGGGGGGCAGCCCCCCCAAAAUGUGGGGGCCCAACCCCUGAGCAAUAAACGGCCCCUCAUGCUG